AUGGCGAGGUGUCUUGGCUUUCUCCUCCUCCUGCUCGUCCUCCUCCCGCCAUCUCUCCAUCUUUCACCCUCGCCCUCCUCCUCCUCGCCCUCCUCCUCCUCGCCCUCCUCCUCCUCCUCAGGCUCUUCUGAUCCUCGCUUUGCAUGUCGCAAACGGGAAGAGGCUGUUCGCCUCGUCUCUCGUGGUGAGGUCCUCCAGGGUAUUCAGCUCCUCCAGUCUCUCUCAAGCUGCGAGCAUCCUCCCCUCAUCUCCAUUCAACUCGCGCAGGUCCUCAGAGCCAGCGGACGCGAGGCCGAGGCAAACGCGCACCUCGAGCGCUUGUUGUCAUGCCCUCGCUUUCAAGCGCUAGGGUUCGUGCAAGUAUGUUGGCGUGAGAUGCGAAUGAUUCAUGCAGAGCAUGCUCGCUCACGCGUCGCCUUGGAUACUCUUCUAGAGGAUGCGCCGGUGAGAACGUGGAAGAGAGCAGAGGAAGUUUCAGCUGCAAUCCAUCGAAUCCUCGGGAAAGAUGAGCAAGACCCUGACCAUCGUCAGCAGAGCUGGCAUCUAAAGCAGGCACUUCGUCUCAACCCGCUGUGGCGCUCCGAUCUGCCAUCAAGCCUGUGCGACGCGCACGAGAUUCUUGCGGGAGGAAGCGACUUGUACCUGGCUUAUCUCGAGCCCUAUCGCUGCCUUGCCUCUCAGGGUCGCGUGCUCCGGGCUGUGCGGGUCCUGCAUGCCGCAGUGGCGGAGAAGCCGGACUGGGCGUGGGCCCUCAACGAGCUCGGCGCCAAGUUUGGCUUCUGGCAGGAGAGGGGACGAGCAGCGGUUCCUCUCCGUCUCCUCGAAGCUGCUGUCGCUCUGGAGCCCCAGGAAGGAAUCUACGUGACUAACUUAGCUCUCGCACACCAGCACGCGGGUCAGCUCCUCCAGGCCCUUCAGCUCUCUCGCUCUGCUGCAAGGCUCCUCCCUUCCCACCCUCAGGUCUGGAUGCAACUCGGAAGAGCGGCUGAGGACGCAGAGGAGAUGGAGAUUGCGGUGAAGGCAUACCGGAGAGCAAGCUUGCUGGACCCGCGGGAGGAGGACGCGUUCUGCUCGUGGAUGUCGCUCAAGACCUCGCUGUGCUCGUGGUCUGGGCUGGAGCAGGAGAUGGAGAUGCUCCAGCAGCGGAUGCAGUCCCGGGUGCUGACGAGGAGGACGUGGGGAGGAGCUUGCGACCAGCCCUUCCGCCUCUUCCCCUACCCUGUCGGUGAGCAGCUUCUGCUCCACUUGGCGCGGCAUGUCGUAGAGAAGGAGAGGAGCGCGAUCCCGCCGGAUCAGUUUCUCACCUCCUCACUCCCCCAGCUCGGCUCGAACAAGAGACUUCGCGUUGCCUACAUGUCCUCCGACUUUGGGAGUCACACGGUGGGCAUGCUUGUCCGGGGUCUGCUGGACCGGCAUGAUCUCAACAGGAUGCAGCUGUUUGCGGCAAAUCUCAAGACUCCAGGGGAUCUGCACGAGGCUCGAGCUAACAAAGAGAAAUGGCGGGAGACGAUGCGGGAGAGGUUCGAGCUCUGGGUCGACCUUGAGCUCAUGGAUGACUCGUCGGCUGCUCUGGCGUUGCAGCGACUCAAGAUCCACGUCCUUGUAGACCUCAACGGGCACAGCAAGGGCAGCAGGAGCGGCAUCCUCCUCCGCCGACCUGCUCCUGUCAUCGUGAACUUCCUCGGGCAAGUGGGAGGAGGAGCAGCUGGAAGGCUGAGCUGCUUCCCCUCAGACAAAAUCGCAACACCUCCUGAGCUGACGACGAGCUUUACUGAGAAGCUGUUGUUUGUCAGUCCCUCCUACCUCGUCAACGAUCACAAGCGUCUCUUUCCUCGGCCCUUCCCCCGAGUAGCUGACGAGGAUGGGAUGUUGCGAUGUGGAAACAAGACAUGUCUGACGGGAGGAGGAGGAGAAAGGAAGAUGGUGUUGGCAAACUUCGGUCAGAUGUACAAGAUCGACCCUUCUCUCUUCCUCCUCUGGUGCGACAUUCUCCGCGAGGACGCUGAUACUAUUCUCUGGCUGCUAGAGUUUCCUCCCGUCGCCUCCAAGCGGAUCAGAAGACGUUUCCUCAGCACCUGCCGGCUGCCUCCCAGCAGGCUCGUUUUCUCAGCUAUGCUGCCCCUGCACCUUCACGUCCCCAUCAAGAGCCUCGCUGACCUCGCUCUCGACACCCUCCUCUUCAACGGUCACAGCACGGGGCUGGACACGCUCUGGGCAGGGGUUCCGAUCGUCACCGUGCCAGGGGAUCGCAUGCAUCGGCGAGCAGGAGCAAGCAUGGCUCAUGCAGCAGGAGCGACAGUCUGGCUAGCAAGGAACGAGCGAGACUACCUCGAGCUCGCACGGAGAUGCUUGCGGCAGAUGAGGAGGGGAGGACCUGCUGCUGCUGCUGCUCGCUCGUUCCGCAUCAGCGUCUCCUCCUCCAGACUCUUCGACAUGCCAGGGUGGACGCGACGUUACGAAGCAAGUCUGCGGAUGUUGUGGGAGAUGAGGAGAGGGAAGGGGAACCGAGCUUUCAAUGUAAUCGCUGAUGUCCUCUACUCCUUGUCCGAUCUCCCAUCCUUCCCUAUCCAUGACGCCAAUGCUCCCUCCUCUUAG